CCCGCGCUGCAGCUCCGCUCCGGGCUGCGCAGCGAGCACAACGAGCGCUCCAUAUCCCCCUGGAGAUACCGCAUCGACGAGGACGAGGACCGGUACCCACGCAAACUGGCCUUUGCCGAGUGCCUGUGCAGCGGCUGCGUGGAUGUCAAGACAGGGCGAGAGACGACAUCCCUCAACUCUGUCACCAUCCACCAGACGAUGAUGGUGCUGCGGCGCAAGCCCUGCCCGCGCCCCGCCGGGCUCGGCCUCGUCACCUUCGAGGUGGAGUACAUCAAGGUGCCGGUGGGCUGCACCUGUGUCCUGCCCCGCACGGGGCGCUGA